GAGGUUGUACGUGAAGCUCCCGCAGGACACCAGUUCUCGUGGGAAGAGUUCCGGGCAGAGUUCGAGCAGAAGUACUACCGGAGGCAAGAUCAGAGCCACCGCACUACGGAAUUCCUUCGUCUCGAACAGGGGAACAUGACCGUUCGAGAGUACGAAGCGGAAUUCAACCGACUGCUGAAGUAUGGAGGCCACCUAGUGCCGACCGAGGAGUACAAGAUCCAGAAAUUCAUUGCUGGGUUACGUACUUCUCUCAGGAGAAUGAUCGAGUGUCAUGAGUACCCCACGUUGAGUCGGUACAUCAACCAACUCGACAAGGUGGAACGCAGUGAGAAGGAGAGGAUGGAAGCCAAGAGACAAGACCGUGGUCCCUACAGGAGAGUGCCAAUCAACCGUCCUCCGGUGAGAGUUGGACAGACGAAUCAACCCCGCGACAAGGGGAAGGCUCCGGCGUAUCGUCCCACUACCCCAGCUCAGCCAAUACAGUAUAGGAGGCCAUGUGCUAAGUGUGGUCGAGACCAUACUGGACCCUGUGGAAACACCAUGUCAUGCUACCGUUGCGGUCAACCAGGGCACUUUGCUGCUAGAUGCAUGGCGAACCUAGAUCCUCAAACCAACAACAAGCCUCCACGCCCAGCGCAGAAGAGAUCCGGUGUUGCUCCGAGAGUUUAUGCUCUCACAGCUGAGCAAGAUGCCCAGGAGGAGCCAUACACAGUGGAGGAGCCAUUUGCUGCAGAGCCAUUGGCCACCUACGAGGCCACUGAUGAAGACUAUCUGGAGGAGGACGAUGUUGCCGCUAUCACAGGUCGUGAGCAACAGUAGCCGAGGAGCGGACAUCGAAGACUGGUGUGACCUGCCGUGUGAUCAUGUAUAAUUAUUCUCUACGGUACAAUUACGUUUUCGGGGAACGGUUUGUGUUAUAUCGGUGGUAGACUUUUAUGGUUUGUAAUAAUGUGAUACUACCACUGUGUAUGUAUAAUUAUAACUGGAA